GCGGCCACGUGGUGCUCACGCCGGACGGCGACGUGUACGAUGAGCUACUGGAGGACUACGAGGAUGCGCUGCCUAGUGGUGUUGCUGGCGGCAUUCCGAACCGCCUCUCUGGGCACAAGGCAAUCCGCUACGCCUUCCGCCCUGGGGACAUCGCCGACGCCAGCGCCUUCCGCCGGCGGGCCGAAGCCUACCUGGCUAGCUGGGCUACCGCAUCUCGAGCUGCCGAUGGAGGUGGGCGGGGGCCCGCGCCUAUCGCCGACACCGGCGCUGUGCCCGCCCGCGCGGCCGGCGCGCUGGUGCCUGCUACUGACGCGGGCCCCGCCUUCUACGACCCCGGCUCGCUGGCUGCCCACACCUGCAUCGCGGGCUCGGAGUGGUUCGUCGGCGAGAACCAGGGCCCCCGCAGGCGCGGCGAGGGCAUCACCAUCCGCGACUCGGAUAUCGCCUUCGGCGCCUCGGGCCAGGCCCUGCUGUGCCGUGAGGGGGUGUGGUACCGCCUGUGCCGCGACCCGCCGAUGCCGUUGCCAGCUGACGAGGGCGUGGCGGACGCGGCGGAGGACAUUUGCACACUGGCGGUCGAGUACAAUGUACGCGGGGGGCGCACCCGCAGCUUCGAGUCCGCGCGUCACCUGCUGCGCGAGGAGGUCCCGGACGACGCCUGGCCAGUGGAGGGCCCCCGCACUGUGCAGUGGCUCAUCGAGGCCUUCGCCAACAGCGGCAUGGCCCCGGUGCCACGUCACCAUUGGUGGAGACAGGCGCUGGGGGCGACAUCAUCGGACCCAGGGAUCGACGAGCACCUCUUCCUCUCGAAGUGUAUCCAGCACGGGCCGCAGUACGACCAGCUCAACAUCUGCAACUUGGCCUGCUUUGAGAGCAUGGCCCGCCGCUACCAGCUCUGGGAGGAGCGGUACCAGGAGCGGAUCCGCGCCUCCACGGAGGGCUCGGUGGCGGCGGGGCUCGCGGCCGAGAGGCACCUGUUUCUCGGCGGCGACCGUGCCAAGGGCUACGCGCUCAUCUCGCCCGAGUUGGAGCGCUGGGUGGCGAAGCGCAUGGAGGAGCAGGCUGCCGUGCUCAAGGAGCGCCGCAAGGGCCGCGAGGAGCGGGCUCUGGCGGCGGCGUCCUCGGGCGGCGGCGGCGGCGGCGGCGGCGCUGGCCAGACGAUCGGCGCCGACCACAGUAAGAAGCUCAUGGACAACAAGAAGGGCAAGGGGAGGCGGCUGAGCGCUCGCGCCGCCGCUAUGCCGCCAGGUCUUGCGGCAGAUCCCAGGGACCUGCUUCCUCUGCCUGAGCCCGCCUCGCCUACACCGCGUCAUGGGGAUGCGCUGGGCUCGGAGUGGCUCUCGGCAGGCCUGCGGACCCUCAAUGAGAUGGGAGGGCGCGGCGCUGUUCGGCGGGCUGGAACAGCCUCUGGUCCCCAGACCGACGCGCUGGAGCGGCUUCGCAGCUCCUACGCCGCCGUGCCCAGCUGCCCGACGGACCUGACCGCCGACUCGGCCGCCCGCGCCGUGAUCGGCUCCGAUCCUGGCUAUGGAUUUGACGACAUGGCCAGCGGGAAGUACGCCACCUACCAGCGCGGGAAGGUCUCACUUCCGCGCGCGGCCUCCGGCGCGGUGGAGCUAGCUGCUGCACUGCCGGCGGGGCCCCGCUCCUUGCUGAUGGGUGAGUCUGGCACCUUGCUGACGAGGGGCUCCACAUCUUCUUCGUCGUUGGCGAAAUUGGCUUUUGACCGGAGGCUUGCAAGCAAUCCACGCACAUAUGGGAAGUUCUUGGCUGAUCUCCUCGAGCGUGACAUGCUCGAGGUUGGUACUUCGUUCUCGCAGGUGGCGCCCUUCUUCGUUUACAAGAAGGACGGGACCCUCAGGCUGAUCUUCGACACCAGGGCCUCGAACACGGAGUUCGCCGAGCCCGACUACGUCCCCUUGGCAGCGGCGCAGGCCCUCGGCAGCAUCGAGCUGCAGGCGGGGGAGCGCCUCUUCGUGGCCCAGGGCGACGUCACGUGCUGCUUCUACCAGUUCUUGCUGCCAGCGCACCUGCGUGAGGCCUUCGGCCUGCCACCCGUGCCCUGGGACGCGCUGCCGCUCGUCGCUCGCCAGCUGGUUGGGGCGCGCCCGCCUGACGGCAUGGUGCACCUGCGCCUCAGAGUGGUGCCGAUGGGCUGGUCAUGGGCUGUCUACUUCAUACAGCAUGUCAUGAUGGAGAUCCUUCGCCCCUGCGCCCCGGCGGACCGCUGGCUGGCCCAGUGCGUGCCGCGCGAGCCCGUCUGCCCCGGCUCGGGGGCCUCGCUCAUCUACAUUGACAACUUCGCGGCCAUGGGCACGAGCGCCUCGGAGGCGAACACUCGCCUGGAGCACAUGCUGGGCGCCGUGUCGGCCGCUGGAGUGGACGCCUCGCCAGAGCCUGCCGGCGCUCCGUUGCUCGGGUUCGAGCUGGACCCGACGGGCACCCAGUGGCGGCCGACGGCGAGGAAGUUCUGGAAGGUCGCACUGGCCCUCCGCGCUCUGGGCUGGGGUCGCCAGCGCCGCACGGGGCGGCAGAUUGCUCGCGCCGUCGGCCAUGCCUCUGCCAUCAUGUUGCUGCGGCCGGAGAUGCUGUCCAUCUUCUCGGCCGUGUACGUCUUCGCCGACCGCUACUUCGGGCAGCCGGCACGCGUGUGGGCCUCUGUGCGGCGCGAGCUCCGAGCCGCCUGGGCGCUGCUACCGCUCGCCGUCGCCGACAUGAGCCUGCCCUGGUCGCCCGCAGUCGCCUCGGUCGACGCCUCGCUGCACGGCUUCGGCGUCGCCGAGAAGGUCUGGCCCCCCGCCGAGGUGGGCCGCGUCGGCCGCGCCUCGGAGCGGGGGCGGUACCGAGGGGCGUUGCGCACCUCCCGCCGCCCGCGCUGCCUGGUCGAGGGGGAGGAGGCUGAGCCCUCGCUGUGCGACAUCGUCGACGCCUCGUCCGAGCAGCUGCGUGCGCUGGGGCUGCGCUCCGCCUUCGAGGAGGUGCCGUCGGCCCUGGCCCGCGGCGAUGACUGGGGCGUGGUGGCAGCUCGCCGCUGGAGGCGCAAGGACAAGAUCCUGGCGCUCGAGGCGGAGGCAGCCCUCUGGCAGGUUCGGCGGCUGGCUCGCAGCCGCCAGAGCGCCCAGAAGCGGCACUUAGUUUUGUCUGACUCAAUGGCCUGGGUCCUCACCUCGUGCAAGGGGCGGAGCUCGUCGUGGUACCUGCUGCGGAGGUGCCGCGAGUUUUGCGCUAUGAGCCUGGCCCUCGGAGCACGUGUUUCCUUUCGGUGGAUUCCCUCGGAGUGGAACUCGGCGGACGAGCCCAGCAGGCGCGGCUCCACGGGCCUGCGGGCGCUGCAGGGCUUCGCGAGCAGCUCGCGGCAGGGCGCUCCAAGCGGCGGGCCUUUGCAGGGCCUUUCGCCGCGGGGCUCCCUGGGCCCGAGCCCGCUGUUCUGCUGGGCGCUGGUGCCGGCGCAGAGCCAGAGGCCGAGCCGGGCCCCCUUUGCCCCGAGCCGGGUGCUGCGUCCUCUGGUGGCGCCGGAGCCGGAGGGCGGCGAGGCCAGCUGGAGGCCGCGGCUGGAGGGCAUCGCCCUGCCGCGCCGCCACACCUGCCCGUGCAGCCCGCCCCCCCUGCAGCCCUCGCUGGCUGCGGGCCGGCUGCCCUGCCGCACACUGGCUGCUGCUGGCCCCCUGGGCGUGGGCCGCCGCCCUGCGCCGGGACGCCUGGUCCCCUACCGCAGGGAGACCGGCACGGCGCGCCGGCAGCGCCGCGAGACGGCGCGGCGGCGCCCGGUCUCAGCGCUGCACCUUGCCGCCCGCAGCUCGGAGGAGGCGGAGGUGCUGGGGAGCCACAUCAGCUCCCUGGCCGCUGCGGCCGUGUCGCCGGCGACGCAGGGCAACUACCUGAGGGCCUUGCGCAAGCCGCGGGCGUGGAUGCACGAGACCAGGGCCCCCCGGCGCCUUCCCGCGGGCGAGUGGGUCCUGCUGCUGGAGCAGUACGUGGAGCUCCUGCACGACCGCGGGCUGCCCGAGGGGGAUGCCGCCAGCACGCUGGCUGCAGUGCGCUGGGCGCUGCCCGAGCUGCCGCGCCCGCUGCGCCGGGGCCUACCACUGGCGACGGCGGCGGUCACUGGCUGGCGCCGGCUCGAGACGCCGCUGUCACGCCCGCCAGUCCCUCGGUCGCUGGCCGUGCUGAUGGCCCUGCGGCUCUGUGCCGACAGCAAGGCGGACUACGCCCUCUUCCUGCUGCUGACGUUCGAGACGGACAUGCGGCCGAGCGAGGCGCUCAUCCUCCUCGGCCUACAGCUGGUGCCGCCCGUGCCGGGCGAGAAGGGGGCGUGCCGCUUCUGGGCCAUCCUGAUCCGCGCGAGCGAGCUAGACGUGCUUGGCAAGACCGGCGAGCUCGACGCCAGCGUCGCCCUGGACCUGCCGCGGCACCGCCUGCUGGAGCCUGCGCUGCGCCUGCUGAAGGCCAACCGGGGGGAGCGGGAACGGCUCUUCAAGUUCUGCUACAUCGGCUUCCUCCUGGUCUGGUACCGCUGGCUCCACAGCCUAGGCCUGGUGCAGCUGAACGUGACGCCGUACUCCCUCCGACACGGGGGGGCCUCGGAGGACGUGUCCUCCCGGUCGCGGUCUCUCCUCGACGUUCCGAAGAGGGGCGGGUGGCGCUCGUUCCAGAGCGAGCAGCGCUACGAGGGGCACGCCAGGCUGGGCUUGAUGAUGUGCCGCAUCCCCGUGCAUACGUGCGAGGACGCGCAGCGCCGCUCGCGCGAGCUGGCCCGGUACUUGCGCAGCAAGGGCUACGCCUGCAUCGCCUUCGACAAGCUGCAAGGACCGCAGUUUGACCUCAGCCGUCGUGAGGUCGUGCUCACCAUCGCAGGCUGGAUGCGUGCGGGCCUGGUGUGGGCGCUGUGGUUUGCGACGCCGUGCAUCACCACGACUCGAGCCCGCACUGACAGGUCAGGACCUGAUGGUCUACCGUACAUGGCAUGGAAGAAGACACCGAUAGCUGCACAGGUGCUCCUCAAUGUCACGAUCGAGAUCAUGAGAGGCCUCCCUGUGCCCAUGGACUUCAAUGAGUCGCUCUUGAUCUUCACCCCCAAGGGGUCUGAACCUGAAGACCGCCAGACCGUGACAAGGCUGGCGAAGGUCGUCUCAAUGGAGUACUCCACGAUAUCUGCUCUAGUCCGCAGCGCGAAGGAGACGAUCAUGAACUGGGACCUCUGGCUUCGUCGUCUGCGCAUCGUGGUUCAGAAUGAGCUGGAGUUCCAGCACUUCGGCAACCUGCACAACCUUGCCCCGCGGCACUGGAAGGAGCCCCCGUUCGCAUGGCACCUCCGUGAGGCGGCGACGGGGUUCAAGGAUCAGCCGCGCCCUGAGCCGCUGAUGAAGGCCUGCCGCUCUGCUUUAGCUGCGUGGCGCACCGCCCAGCAGUCGGCAGGUGUAUGGCCACUAUCGCCCUCGGACUUCUGGCAGGCCGCGAAGCUCACGCUGGUCAUGUCCAUGUGGGGUAUCUUCGUCGGCUGUUGUGCGUCCGUGUGCUGGCACUGGUCUCAUGCCGAUUCUUCCGCUCGGUACUUACGUCUAGGUCGCGAGGUCAUCGUGAGGUACACGACUGGUCGCAGAACCUGGCGCACGAGGCUGCUGCUCGAGAGUUGCAACGCGGAGACCCUCACUCGAAUCAUGGGAGCUGCUCUCGACGUGGACGACGGCCAGAUCAUGUUGAUUAUGACACCCACGGGAGACGUCUACCCAGAGGAGGUCAGUUGCCCGCCGCUGGCGGGAAUAGCUCCGUGCGAUGUCGUGGUGGAUCCGAUUUGGGCUCAGCGCAUCGGUCCUCAGACUCACUGGGGGCAGGUACUCGAAUGUGGGCAGCCGACGACGCCAGCUCAGUGCGAACAAGCUCGGAUGGCAUGUCGAUAUCAGCAUUUGCGAGUGAGGAUCCCGCGCCUCGAUGACGACGACGCCGCGAUACAGGCAGUCGCCGGCGACGGUGCCGCCGCUGCUGGCGGUGGAGCCGGGGCAGGCGCCGGGCCUGGCGCUGCGGGCGCGCCUGGCGCCGCCUUGCCUGGGGCAGCGGCAGCACUUGCCGCGGCGGCCCAGGGCGCAGCCCCGCUCCCGCCGCUGGCCGCUGGCCCAGCCUUGACCCCGGAGGAGCCCACGGCGCUGAAGUUCACGCAGGACUUGGAGCUCUUUUCCAGCGGGGGUCGCCGGCCAGCCCAAUUCAGCGACUACGGCUUCCCGCUCAAAUGCGGCGUCAUCUUCGCCAGACGUAGACGUCGACGGCCUCAGGUCGGCUCCCCGCACAGCGGCUGGUCCUGA